AUGGCGGGCCGCCUCAAGGAGUACCGCUACUACCUCAGCAGCGGCGUCAGCACGGGCAUCUCCGUCAAGAUCUCGCUGGUCGAACUCGCACCUGCUCUUGGAUGUUCCAUCAGCAGUGACGCACCCAAACGUGCCGCUGCCGACGCGCCGCUCACUGGACUGGAGCAGCUCGCAGGUUCGUCGUCCGAUGUGCGCAACUCGCCCAUCAGCGAAAUCUUCUUGACGGCGCAGGUCUUUUCUGAUGGUCUUCCAUUGCACCCUAUGGUCGUCAGCUCCAAGAGUCCGACGAAAUGUAGCAACUCUACGAUCUACUGGAACGAGUGGAUCUCUUUUCCCGUGCGCUAUCGCGAUCUUUCGCGCAACUCACUGCUGGCCAUAACCAUCUGGAGCGUGGGGUGGGUCCCCAUUGGCGGCUCGACGUUCUCGUUCUUCACCAAGCAGGGCGUUCUACGUGACGGUGUGCAGUGUCUUCGCAUUUGGGAAGGUCGCGAGGCAGACUCGUCCCCCAAUACGACGACCCCGUCGGAAGUCGAUGAAGAGUGGGUGCGACAGGAGUGUUUCCGACUGGACAAGCUCCGUGAGAAGUAUGAGCGCAAGGAGAUUGCGCGUAACGAGUGGAUGGACAGUGUGACAGACCGUCGAAUCGCUCGCAUUCGAAGAGGCAGCGAGCCACCAACGCGGAGAGACGCGCUUGGACCCUUCUGCUCGUAUCGCGAAGAUGCAUUGCUGUGGCUCGAGAUGCCGUACUUCGGAGACGUCGUCGUGUACGAGGAGGAACCCUACUCGCAACGCAAUUUGACGUCGUCCUACACUGCAGACAUGGGAUCGAGACGUAUGAACUAUGAAAGUGGUAACAAUAUAUCCAGUGCUACGUCAUACGAACCCCAUGCACUCAGCGGAUCGUACGACCUGGCGACAACAGCAGCGUCUGCUGGAAGCAGAGAGAUGCCGAGCCUUGUGACGGUGUGGGAUCCCGACUUGAAUGAAGACAACCCUGCCGAACGCAAGUACCGUCGGCUUGCACGCGACAUCCUGCGCGGUUCGAUUGAUCCCAAUCUCAAGCCAAGCCGUGACGAAAAGGCACGCAUUGAGCUUUUGCUGGCAACGCCGACGGACAAUUUGAAGAACGAGGACAAGGAUCUGCUGUGGAAAUUCCGCUACACUUUGACCGAUAACAAGAAGGCGGUGGUGAAAUUCCUUCUGUCCGUUGAUUGGAAAGACGAAUUGGAAGUGAAGCAAGCUACAGAUUUGCUAUCGCAAUGGUGUGAAAUCGACAUUGCCGACGCCUUAAAGCUACUGGGCCGUGAAAAAGAGUUCAAGAACGAGAUUGUGCGCCAUUUCGCUGUUUCCACUCUGGCGACGGCUAAGAACGAAGACUUGCUUGAUUUCCUGUUGCAGCUUGUGCAGGCGUUGCGGUAUGAGAAACCUGGCGUCGCCAUCACAUCUUCUCGUGGAGCAUUGAGUGGAGACGACAUUAGUAGCACGGACGGAUCCAUGGCUUGUGACAGCCUCGGUCCAUUAGCGCGGUUCCUAAUUGCGCGGUCAAGCACAAAUUUCCAAAUGGCUAACUACUUUUACUGGUACCUGAAAGUAGAGGCAGGGGAGCAAACAAAGGACUCGGAGAUCUUUCACAUUGUGUUGAAUCAAAUGCUCACAGAAAUGAAGCGAAAUGCCGAGAAGAAGCCGAUCUAUGACAUGUUAAUGGCUCAGCGUGAUUUCAUGAGCCACAUUUUGGCAAUCCACAACAAAGCUCGGGAAGAAAAAGGCAGAAAAGACCAGAAAGAAGAGAAGUUGCGGCAUUAUUUGAAGCAGUUUCCGUGGCCUCGAGGGACCAUUAUUUCUCUGCCGUUGGAUCCAUGCAUUCAUUUGAGUGGAGUUGUUCCUUCUUCAGCGAAAAUGUUCAAAAGUGCGAUGUACCCGGCCGUGAUUCAGUUCCAAACAGUCAUUCCUCCGAAUGACCAACACCUCUACUCGACCACUGCAGAAGGUGAAGGACAUGGCAUGACGAAUCUAAGUCAGCCGAUGUUUGGCGGAAACGAUGGUAACAUGAUGCGCGAAUCGUUGCCGACUCGUAUGAUUAGUCUCUUGCACCGCGAGAAGGAAGGGCCAAUGUACAAGUUCAUGGUGAAGAAUGGAGACGAUCUUCGCCAGGAUCAAUUGAUCAUGCAAAUGUUCAUUUUGAUGGACCGUUUGUUGAAAAAGGUAAACUUAGAUUUGAAGCUGACUCCGUACCGUAUCUUGGCGACAGGCGCCAACGACGGUUUGAUGGAAUUUGUUCAAGAUUCCUACCCCGUAUCGUAUGUGGUCUCCCAUUUCGAGUCGCCUCAGAUCGUGGGUUUUCUGCGGAAACACAAUCCGGAUCCGAGUGCAGAGUUUGGAAUUGCACCCGAAGCUUUGAGCACAUACGUGAAAUCAGUGGCCGGCUAUUGUGUACUAACGUAUUUGCUGGGCAUCGGAGACCGCCACUUGGACAACUUGAUGAUGAAAGCCGGAGGCCACAUGUUUCACAUUGACUUCGGCUUUGUCUUUGGCGCUGAUCCUAAGCCGUAUCCGCCUCCGUUCAAGCUUACGAAAGAGAUGGUGGAAGGUAUGGGUGGUCCUACAAGUGAGCAUUACCAGAAAUUUACGACCUACUGCUGCCAAGCAUAUAACUGGCUGCGCAAAAGUGCCGAUCUGAUUUUGAAUUUGCUCAGUUUGAUGGCUGAUUCUGGUAUUGAAGAGCUAUCAGCGAAUCCUGCGACGACUUUACUGAAGGUCGAAGAGAAGUUCCGUUUGGAUUUGACGGACGAACAAGCAGAGCAAUUUUUCUUGGGUCUCAUCAACGAUAGUGUAUCCGCCCUGUUCCCGCUUCUUGUAGACUGGAUUCACAAGGUCGCGACAAAGCUGAAGUAA